AUGAACUUGCUAAUUGACAGGAUGGAAAAUCCUGGAUCAAGGAACUGUACUCUGUUACCUCCCUCGUUCCCAAGAGGCUUUUGUAAGGGAAGAAGGGCUUCCAGUGGCGACGCAGUGAAGGUAAAGGAACCCAUUCUACAGCCACAGCCGCAACCAGUACAAACAAAUACAAGUAUUGCACACUUUUCGAAAUCAUCUUCUAGGCUGCCUGUCAUAGCAGUGAAUGAUAAUCCGGUGGUGCCAAGGCCAAGUACUGAAGUUAAUCUAGGAUCGCUUUUACAAAAGGAAAGGGAGAAGGAGAAGGAGAAACAGCCUGUGUCGCAUGAUAGGAGACAUUUACAUGUGGCGAAGAAUAGGGCACAUGGGGUACGACAACACUCGUUGGAGAUGUCUAGCCUGCCUGUCCUAGGGUCCACCAAAACCGGGAAGUUUAGUGACUUUUUGUUUGAGGAUGACAUUGAUAAUAGAGUGAGCCGACACCGUAGAUCGUAUAGUGGGGCAUCCAGUUUAGAUGAUCCAUUCAGAGUGUCAGCAAAAAAUGAUUGUAACUCUAAUAGGGCCAGGAUGUUUUGCCUUAGUAGGGGACGUCGUGGGUCGAUGUCCGUUUUCCAAAGCUGCCAUACUGGGCUAGCUUUCAAUCAAAUACAGGGCUCCUCCUCUUCGCAACGCAGAUCAUCCGCGGGUUCUUUUGAUUAUGAGAGGAAACGAUUGGUGAACCAAUUUUUGCAGCCUUCGUUGGGGAAUUCAGAUCCUUUCGAUACGUUGAGGGAGUCGGUAGUGUUUGAGCCCUCAUCCACCGCUGGCGGCAUUAAAUCAGGGAACACGCAUUCUCAAUCACAACUUUCCGUAAACUCCUCCCCCAGUACAUCUUUGUUUUAUCAUGAUUUGGACGGUUCCGCCGUCAACGAUUCUUCAUCAUUUUUGUAUUCACGUUCUAACGUACCAACCUUUUUGUCGUCGUCAGCCUUUUCGUCUACAUCAUCUGCAUCAUCGGAUUCAGAAGAUGUAGACAGAAGAAGCUUAAACGGUGUGUACCCCUCUUUGGGCCAUUUAACUAACAAGAGGAAAGCAAGGAACUCAUCAAGCUCUUCGACUGUCCCUGGAUAUGAUGCCUUAGGAUUUAAGUAUUCACUGGAUAGACAGAAGUCAGCAGAUUCUUCCACGAAGCUCAAGAGCGUACUGAAGGUGAACAAUAACAAAGUUUCUGCGGUUACUCCUGAUUCCAGCUCAAACUCUAUUUCAAAGAGUAAUUCAAAUUUGAAUGAUAACAUUGAUGAACUAAAUUACUAUCAAAAUCACAUUUCGGCACUUCUAGUGAAAAUCGAAAAUGAAAUGAGAAGAAAUUUAAAUGAUACAAUAAUCAAGAAUGAAAACAACGUUCAAAAGACGAUACAAAAAUACGACCUUCUAUCGGGAGAAUUGACCCUUUUAUUAGACGAAAUGACCACCUUGCGGACCACGGUGGUUGAACAAUUCUUGGUCAAGUUGAGAUCAGACUUUGACGAGGAUGAUGAUAGGGCAUUUAUUAAUGAAUUAAAGACCUCGGUGGAAGAAAGUGUAGUGCAACUACAAGGAUUGGAAAGGAGAAUGGAAGUUUGUCAGGAAAGGUUAAGUAAACAAAAGUCCUCCCUAAGGGAAAUGGAUAGUUUGAUAGAGCUGAAGAAUGUGUUGAAUAAAUCGAAAAAUAACACGAAAUCCAUCUACCUCUAUAGGUACUUUAUUAUUGACAUCAUUGCAUUGGUUUUGAUGUGCGGCUUCAUCAUUUAUGUCAAAAAUUUGAUAACUCGAUUUUUUGCCCAUUAA